AUGCGAGCUUUGAUAACUACACUGGACUCUCUAGUAUGGCUGGCUUCUCACCCCCAAUAUGUGCGCAGGUUGUCUGGAAAUUUACGAAACUUUCCUUCGACUUGGUCGAUAAAACCUAUCAACUCCGCAGGUUUCUGGGAGAUCUGGGUUGAGAUAGAGAACGCUCGACUUGAUUGA